CUUUUUCGUCAAAACGACGGCAAAGGCAUUUUAAUACGCGUCUAGAUCAAUGCAGUCAGCGAGCAUCAAACAUGUGAAGUUUAUAAAAUAAUUGAUUAUCUCCUAAUAACUGUUCAAUUGCCUUCGGAACUUAAACUUCUACUCAUCGGAUUUUUAGUCAUGGAACGCUCUGGACGUUUAGAAUUAAGCCUCAAAUCCGAGGAGCCAAUCUUGGGAGGGGGCAGAUUGUUGACAGCACCCUCGUCUGAAUGGUACCAAUAUCCCUAUCAGAAAGAUGAUCCCAACGACCCCGAAAGAUACAUCACAUUCCACGAAAUCAACGAAGCAGCUGAAAAGCACAAUGUCCCGUCUAUUCCCAUUGACGAUCUUGGAGUACAAUUAGGCGACAGCUCAUCGCGAGAGAUGUUCGCCCUUGGCAGUGGGUCAACUUCACAAGUCAUACAACAUGUCACCGGCGAAGAUACCAAACAUAUCGUGCCACCAAACACUACCGUCGCAGUCAAGUUCUUCCGUGCUCAAAAUGAAAAUGAUGACGUUACCCAGGAUUCGGAGGUCAAACGCGAAGUCUACAAGGCUAUUCUAAGCGAGAUCCAUACAGCCUUUCGAACGUCUCUUCGUGGCCACCCAAACCUUGCUCAGCCGCUCUUCGUUGGAUGGCUCAAGGGAAACCAGUUCCCCGUGUUAGCCAUGCAGCUUGGAGACCAUGGCUCUUUGGAUCUAAUAAUACGAACGGCCAACUCCAGCCUCUCGGCUACCGAGAAACGACAUAUCACCUUUGACGUUGCCCUUGGCCUUCAAGCAAUUCAUCGCGCCGGGCUCGCCCAUGGUGACCUAAAACCGGACAACAUAUUGGUCAUGACCCAUAAUGACCCAUCACGCCAACUCAUUGCCAAACUGUCUGAUUUCGGGGGUAGCUUCCAGUUGACCGGACAACAGCUCAGCAGGCCGGCUCAUAUCACCCCUAUGUGGUGUGCUCCAGAGGUUAUCAACCACGAUCCUGGCAUAGAUUGGCAGAAGGCAGACGUCUAUUCGCUUGGGCUCGUUAUGGGUAGCCUGUGGGCUGCCGAUUACGGGAAGCUAAUGCAAAAGUUGGGGCGGCGAAGCUCCUGCUUUCUAUCAAGACCCAACCAAGAAGACGAGGAAGAAGACUGGCUUUGGGCUGUUAAAAGUAGUCCGAAUGGGUGCGUUGACGUACUCAAGCAGGCUCUAGAGUACACCUUCCUCGAUGGGUUCCCACUCGAGAAGGCUGAUAACGCCGAGCUGCUUGAAAUUCUGACGCCAACGCUACAUAGGUACUUCUGGAGGAGACCUAAUACGGGCGAUCUACUUAAAUCGCUUAGGGACUUCGAGGGAGAAACGGGUCGGAAUAUAUUGGAAGAGGAUGAAGUUGCGGCGAAUGGACAUCUGACCGGGAAAGAUGUGACAGCAGACACCAAGUCUAAACAUACCCGAGAAGAUGAUCUGAAGUUCAGAGAAAUUACCUUCGAGCAAUGCUCAUUUGCUACUGAGGAUUUCGGAAGCCUACUAAACCACUGGGACAGUAGUCAAGAUACUGAUAUUCCGCCACGAGCUCUAUCUCACGACGAACUCUUCGACAACCUGCGCCGUGCUAUGAUGCGUCUGACUCCCCCUAAAUUCUUCCAAAGUCCAGGUUGUCUAGCUCGCCCCGGCGCGCAAGCACGUCUAGCACGCUUGUCAUGGGAAUUGGCAAUGUGUCAUUAUUUCGGGAAGGGAACAUCAUCGAACUUAGACAUAGCGCUAAGAUGGAUGCGUAUCUCGGCCCUUUGUGGAUCUAGAAAAGCGAUGCAUAUAACCUCACUGAUGGCCACAGAGACGACGACACAAUCCCGGUUUCCUAUACGGCUAUGCUUAUCAUUACUUGCCCUUUCUGGAUCAGACUUGGCUCUAGAACGACUCUCUAUUGACUGGCCAGAUCUUUUCAAAAUAAUUAGAGAAAUCAUUCGAGAGCGAUAUUUAGCUUACCAGAUGGUCAAGGAACAACAAGGGGAUGCGAUUUACCUCCAUACACUCGAACCUUACCGAAACUUGAGCCAUCCUUCUGGGUCACUAGUAACAAUACAACAAGCUAUGGAAACUGGAGCUAUUGACGAGAUCGAGCAAAUCCUCGACGGGAGUUUAAUGGUAGAGGACUUGAACCGCUUGCUACCGGAUCUACUCCAUUGGCUGGUAUAUCUAACCGACGCCGAAGCUUCAGCACUAGCUACACCAGCCUUUGAGAGAGGUGCAAGAUUAGAUGCCCUUCGCAAGUGCGAAUCGCCCUUCAUUGGAGCAAAGCCGGUAAUGGACACGGUUUACUCGCCUAUAUCAUCCGCUAUAAUCCACGGAAAGCCGCAGCUAGCUCUUGCGAUAUUCUGUCUUCACAUUGAGUCCGAUACGCCUAUUAUUGAUUUUCCGACUGCUCUAUUCCUAAGCUUUAGGUACUUGCAACCUCAAGUCGGCGAGAUACUACUCGGAUUACUUCAGUCGAAUCCCUCGAUGUGUCGCAACGAUACAAUGCCGUGGAUAUUCAAAGAAGCACAUCUUCACAGCCUCCGUAGCCUCGCAAUUUCCUGGAUACACAAAGAAGCCCCUCUUAAUGAGCUCCUUACCUAUACCAUGUACGAUGAUGACCUAACGGAACUUGAGCGACGGGCUAUCAACGGUAGUGAUUUUGAUGACAGGUAUAAAAGCUGUCUAAAAGUUCUUCUAGAGAGCGGCGCAGACCCAACGGAAGGAAUUUCCAUCAAGAACCCUUUGUAUAACGCCAUUAUUCACGAUGACCUGGUCAGCCUUCAGCUAUUCAUUCGGCACAUUCAAUCCCACCAGUCUCCUAACUUCUCCCUUCUUGACCAUUUACAACAUACUAAGAAGCUAGGAUCUGAGAAUAUCGAAAACCCAGCGCUACUAUGUUGCAUUGCGUUCAACUCCAUUCGCUGCUUCGAGUUCCUAAUAAAAGAGUUUCCGACUUUAAUGUUCAGCUCUGUUGAUGACCACGGCCAUACUCCACUCCGGUAUGCAUGUUCACACCCACAGGGGGCUAGCUUCGUCAAACUACUUCUAGAGAAUGGCGCCGACACGACAGCCGUGGACCUUUCGUUGGGUGUUUACAGCGUCCUUUUCGCGGCACUGGCCGAUGGCUACUUGGAGACGGCGAAUCUCAUAGCGGAUAGAUGCUCUGCCCAAGAUCUAGACCAAUGGAUGUCCAUCAAUGAUGAUGGGACGUCCAUGUUCGUCUAUAUUCUUUUCAGAUCCCGUGAUAUCAAAUCUACAGGCGGGGUUCAAUGGUUUAUUGACCGUGGAGGAGCUCAUUUUUACGGACCCGACUACAUACCAGUUUGGUACACCCUUUUUGCAGAACCCAGACCGACUCGCCAAUCAGAUCGGGCUCAUACGGAACUCCUACGUGUUCUACUCAGCCACGAAAUGUUCUCCGAUAAGCUCAAUACGGAACGUCGGGGAGGCAUGGCACUAAUCCAUUUCCUUGUUAAGAACGGCUAUGUCGAAGCCGUGAGACUCCUCCUAGAAUGGAAAGCCGAUAUCAAUGUAGAAAUGACUAUUGGGGAUGAUACCCAAAGGAUAACCGCUCUUGACCUUGCAUAUAUAAGUCUCCGUGGUGAGGAAUAUCCUCCCGGGGUCAUGGCGGGAGGCAGGUUUGAGAUGGAAAGAUGGGUAGAAGAUAUUCACUUGAUCAUACGCCUAUUACGUGCAGCAGGAGGAAAGAACGCAUUGAUGGGAGAUCAGCAAACACAGUUGUUAGAAUCCAUACAAUCAAAGAUGUCCACGGGAGAGCUCAACACGCACAACCUCAUGUUCACCAAACACCGCGAGUACCGCGGACACUGGCCUCGCCCGUUACCUUCUGGGGAAAGUAGCGACCCCGUCCAAAAAUUCAUCGAAACCCAACUAGCCAAGACUGGAAUCGCCAAGGACCAACUCGACCUCUUUGUCGAUAACUAUGAGCAUGACCUGCAAGAGGCGAAAAGGCUCUCAUUAAUCGAGCGGACUGGUAUAAAGCAAGAUAAUUCAAAAUCGUCGAACGAUCCAUCGAAAAGGGCCCCAAUGCUACAUAAGACCUGGCGACUCCCCCCAGGAUGGGGAUUUGUCGCGGCUUUGGGGCUGAUACACAUGGAGUUCUAUGUCAAUCUCGAGACAGGCGAAAUGUCAGAUCAAAAGCCGGAACUCUAUUGUGGAGAGCAUGACGAAAGAAGCCCCUAUGAUAGGAAGGGCAAGGGCAAAGCCACCGCGACAUCGAAUGAUAGAGGAGACGAGCUGCCCAUGAUCCUGAUAGUCGCACUCCCCCCUGACUCCCCACUAGUCCCCAUAUUCAGGGAGGUUACCGGCCAGAGUGAGUCAGUUACUGAUGAUCGCCCCUUCAAUAAGAAUGGCUAUAGCGCGUUCGGGCUAUGCAACAGCGCCGAUACCGUGAAAGACUUCAACCGAACAUUCAAUGGAAUGACCCUAGCACGGAUGGUGAUUCACAAAGUCAUGACUCGCGCUUCAGUUGAAUGCGAUAUCGUCCCUGGUAGCAGAAGCUUCAUAGACCUGACAAGAGACAUUGCCCGGAAAAGUUGGGAUGGCCUACCGCCGCGGGCGGAAGUCCUCAUUGGAGAAAUCCUAGAGGAUGCAUUCGCAGGGAAAAACAGCAUCGACAAGGUAAAGGAUUUCGUCAAAGCAACUGGUAUGGUCGAUAAAGAGGACUAUCUUGGCUCGACCCCAUAUCAAUUGGUAAAUCUUGGGAGACCACUUCAUGAUGCUAUCUUCCGCGACGACAUGGAGGCCUUCGGAAAGGCGAUCGAAAAGGUAGUCGAAAAGGGCGAAUUAGAGAGCGAGAAUUGGGAGGGCCAGACACCACUAGAACUGGCAAUUUUCCUCGACCACGUUGACAUGGCGUCCAUCCUACUAGCCCAUGGAGCGAAGAUACCCGACAAGCUGAUUCUUACGACAGGUCUGCCAGCUCUCCACUACACGGCCAUUAGAGGAAAUAUGGAAAUGACAAAGCUCCUCCUUGACUCCGGCAUAGACCCGAAUAGCCCUUCACCAGAAGGGACCGUCCCGUUGCAAUUAUGUUUCGGUUUCAACCCGGAAAUGGCCCUGUUGCUGAUGGAAAACGGGGCAGAUUUCGAAUUGGCACAUCGGAUCUAUCUUUUGUCAGAGAUGACGAAACUGCACGAAGACUCAUGGGAGAACGUCACCGAACCGAUGUCAGAGGCAGAUCCGAACGGCAAUGACACGGAGAAAGAUCCCAUAACCUACGACGAGGCACGGCAAAGCGACGCAGGAGCAUCGUCCGCUAUUUUGGACUCACGCACUGCUGAGGACGACCGAGAUAUGCUAGCGCACGAACCAAGGAACAACAUGAUCGCAACCUAGAUAAUGCGAAGGCAAACCACACGUUCACGAUAUUCCACAAGACUGAAAAACCAAAACAACGAAUAAUGUUCCAACCAAAUUACUGAAAAAAAAUAUCCAAACCCCACGAAUAAUGAUACACGAAUCACUCCAUAAGGCCCACCUGCU